AUGUCUCUUGAUCCAACUAAGCUUCCCGAUCCUCCGAUGCCAUCCUAUACUUUUACUAUUUACCAUCGCGAUGUAUUUGAAAAAUCAAAAUUCAAGAACUACGACUUGUUGCUUGAAAAUAGAUUUGCUCGAUGUCAUGCUAGAGCAAGUUAUUUAGCUUCGGUUCUUGAAUCCCAAAAUGGUGCACAAGGAGGUGAGAUGCCCGAGCUGGUCCAAAAAUCAACGGAUAUUUUCUAUGGGAGUGGUGAGUAUGUCGCGUCUUUUUUGAUUGGCACUCAAAUGAUAAAAAAUUACUUGUUAUUAGACACUGGAAGUGAUUUAAUUUGGUGGCAAUGUGGACCAUGUGAGGCAUGUUACAAACAAGAUCAACCUCUAUAUGAUUCUACUGCAUCCAAAAAAUUUCAAAUAAUCGGUUGCAAUCAACAUGGUAAAAGUUGCAGGACUGUGAGUCCAGCCUAUUAUUGCAAUCUAGAAAAUUUCGAGUGUCGAUAUGAUAUGCAUUACGGUGAUAAUUCACAAACAAAAGGUUUUAUAGCAGACGACGUGAUUACUUUUCUUGUAGAACAUUGGCAAGUUAGGAUCACAUUUGGAUGUAGCAAAGAUCAAACUGGUGAACUAAAUUUCAGUUCUUUCGCGUCUGGGAUCGUUGGUCUUGGACGCGAUCUCACAGAUGGAUAUUCAUUACCAUCGCAAUUUGGGGGAAACGUAAUGUCUAUGUGUCUACCAUCUUUUGAUUCAGGAAAAGGAUCGGUUCUGAGUUUCCAAACUAGCAAGUGGCCAAGAGCAAAAUCAGCAAAAUUGUUAUUUAAUUAUAGGUACCCUUCAUUUUACUUUGUCAACAUUUAUAAAGUUCUUAUUAACGAUAGGGAGGUUCCGGUGAGCCCCUCGUGGUGGAAUUUCAAAGGACCUAUGAUGAACAGUGGAAUGUUCGUGGAUACAGGAACAAGUUAUACAACUUUUCCUCAUGAUUUCUAUACUGUAUUCCGUUACAUAUUCCGAGCAGAAGUGCAAGAUAUUCCCAUGGCUGAAAUUCCAGUCCAACCUUUCGACACUUGCUAUAAGGAAGAUCAAAAUGGUCGUGAUUUAUACUUUCCUGUUGUGAAGUUGUACUUUGGGAGCGUAAACUCGAGUACAGUGUUGCUUCUGGCACAAGAACGAGUUGUUGUGCACUAUCGCGGGCUUUACUGCUUGGCUUUCGUUGGAUGGAAUAGUGAGAGAUCAGUAUUAGGCAUGACUCAACUCCAAGGUGUAGGAUUAACUUUUGAUACUAUAUCAAGUACUUUGUCAUUUGACAUUGAUGCAUGUGAUUGA